AUGGGUUGCCGACAAUCAUCAUCAUUGAAUCCAAUGGAUCGAAUGACGUAUGAAUAUAUUCUAACACGAAUUCCCGAACAUUGCCAACGCGAGAUCAGGAAGAUUCCUGUUCAACAAUUUCUAACCGUUUAUGGCAAACACAUGAAUGCUGAAACUCAUCUCGACCAAAAGGAAUACCUCUCGGCGAUAACGAACGAAUCCGAAGCCAUUCAUGACUUAGAACUUCUACUAAAUCAUCAGAAAGAUCAUUUUGUUUUCGCGGAUAUGUACAAAUUAUUAUCGAUUUGUUAUUGGUCGACGCAAAAUAUUGAGCUUGCUUUUGAAAGAAGCCUAUUAGCAUUAAACAUUCGACUUAAACACACACCGAUGGAUUUCACCGAGAUUAGCUUGCAUUAUUUUCGUUUAAGUCUCAUCUGUAUAGUCAAGGGUAUAUGGAAAGAAGCGGAAGAAUGUCUGAUCAAGGCAAUGAAUGCAGCCCAGUCGAGUAAUGCCUUAUCGCAAUCUUACAUCCAAGAACUUGAAGAUAGUCUUUCAUCUCUCAGACAGAGAAUGGAGAAUAACUCACGACAAAAGCCAUUAGUUUAUUCAUUUAUAUCUGAUGCUCAUGAAAAUCAAGAAGAUUAUUUGCGUCGCAAAACACUUGAAGAAUUGAUUGUCAGAUACACUGAUGUUAGCGCCUUACAAAUCGAUACACAAGAAUAUGACCGUCUACCGAUCAAACAAACUGAAACACAGAUUGGCAAGGAGGCAAUUCAAGAUGUAUUGCAACAUUUCGAAAAGUUCCUUGAAGAAGAUUUGUUUUUACUCAAAUUUGGCAGUAAAGGAGGAUGUGUUAGUUUUAUCGCCGCCUAUUUUAAAGCAACGCAGAUGAAGACAAGUUCAUUAUCAGCAUCAGUAAUCGAAGCUGCAUUAACAAUGAUCAUUGAUCGAGUCAACGACGACGGAUCUAAGGACGACGAACUAUAUUCGGCUAUACGACAAUCAUCCUACAUUCUUUCAUAUACAGAUGACGAUGAAUCUCGUAGCCCAGGCGUGCGUGUGUUUCAGAUAACUUUGGUGUUUAAUGCUCACUUUCGUGGAUCGAUGAUAACCUGGCGUGUAAUCAAUUCAACCACAAAUCCACUGCGAGUUGAGGUUUUACAACGUCAUGCUUGGAAUUACGCAUGGUGGCCGUGUACAAACGCACAGAUAUCUGCGGGAAACUACACGAUCGGCUCGGGAAGUUUGAAAUGCAUGUCAUCAUGUCCACCAAAUGUCAGUACAUUAAGUUCAGUAACAGUACCAUGCACUGGAUUCAAUCAAAUUGAGCAAUAUGUUAGCGGCGAAGGACGUUUUACUUUCCAAGUCUCACCAAAUUAUCGUUUUCGCGCGAUAUUCACGGGAAGUGCUUGGUUUGCUUUAGUCACUGGCGGUGGCGAUUGGUCGAUUGCAGUCGAAAUCAAUACAUACCUUCGACCGAAUGGUCGAUAUAAUCAAGCACCGAUCGUCACCAUGUUACCCAUCAUUCGACUUCGUCGUUUUCUAACCUAUAAUAUCAAAAUAAACGUUGCUGACAAUGAUUUCGAUCGUUAUAAUUGUAUUUGGUCGAAUACAAGCGACGAAUGCGGUGGAAUCUGUCGAUCAGUGCUCAAUUUGCCUGCUUCAACCUAUCUCAACGAAACAAGUUGUGUUUUACGCUUUACUCCAGCUACUGUGGGCUUUUACGCCAUGGCAUUCACAGUACUCGAUUACGAAAAUGACACAAGUACUGUUCCGCUUUCGCGUGUGCCUGUUCAAUUUAUUUUUAAUGUUUGGGAUUCCAAUAUAACAUGUUCGACACCACCGAUCUAUAUUGGGGAUGCACCCGCUGAUCAAUGUAUUUUUGUGGAACCUGGUCAAGUUAUUACCAUGAUCAUUCGAAUUCGUGUUCAAUGUGCCAAUGCUACAUUAGUGAAUGUGAUCGGAGUCUAUCCAACAGGUUUUACUCAAUCACCAAUUUUUACUGAUCCGUACGAUUUGACGUUGUACAAUUUUAAAGUUUCAUAUUCAGCCAGUGCCAAUCAAGUCGGGCAAAAUCUUUUUUGCUUUGCUGGAGUCGAUUCGAUUGGUAAUCAAGGUGAUGCCACAUGUCUUCGUUUUACUGUUCAGUUAGGUUCUGAUAGUCGUAACACUCUGUACGUGAACAACGCUACUCAUUUUCCUACUGGUCUAGUAUCGAAAUACCAAUCAAGUUGGACGAUACUCUAUCCGUCUGGCAUAACAUACAGUCGACCAAAUGCUGAUGCUUUCGUUCGAUUUAAACUCGCCACGACCAAUACUGACUUUGUGACUUACAACGUACUUAAACAGCCUGAUAAUGUUAUUUACCAUUCUGAUCGACUAGAGAUUAUAUCGGACAUCACUUUUAGCACAGGUCAACAAUUCUACAUAUCAAUUGAUUCCGGCGUGUUUCUACCGAUUGCAACUUGUUUACGUGAUUCCAUGGGAAUAACGGACAGUACGUUUUGGACAUUUUACACCACAGCAGAACCUAGUACGUCGACAACGACCAGCACAACAACAACUUUCACGACCGUCACCAUACAGAACCGAACAGUACCGACUAUUCGAACUAUACCGUCUACCCUGCCUGCAACAACGAGCACAAAGCGAACAACGAUUGAAUUCAGCACUACAACUGCUAUAAGUACAACUAUUAAAAACAUUUCUCCGACAUCUUCGUUUCCAGUCAGUACAGCUGUCGGUGCCACCAUUGGUGGAAUCAUUGUGAUUACUCUAAUGAGCUUACUGAUUCACCAUACUGUGAAACGUUAUCGAACAAAUUCGUUGAUAAAAUUAGAGGAUGGAGAACAUAAGACGGAUACAGACUCUGAUACUUCUCCACAGUAUCGUUUGACCACACGAACUGCUGCACAGCCAGCGAGUAAAGCGAACGAUUUCAAUGUACGUGAUAUCGUACAGCUAACAACAGCGAAACGUCAAAAUCUAAUCGUUAUGAAUUAA